CUAGUAAACCAAAAACACAACAUUUCUAACAAUCUUAAUUUCCAUACAAAUAAAUUUUUUUGGUACAACGAUACUAAAAAAAAUUAUAAAAAAAAAAAUGAGUCGUUACCUGAUCAGUCUACUUGCUAUAUCGAUCAUAGCCGUUGUUCACGCCCAUGGGCGCGAACUGGCUAACGAUCAUCUUAGAUUGCCGUCGGAGAAACAUGAUAUUUUCGACGAGGGAAAAGAUGACUCAUUUGGUACCAAAUGGGCCGUUUUGAUUGCUGGAUCUAAUGGUUACUGGAAUUAUAGACACCAGGCAGAUGUUUGUCAUGCUUAUCAAAUCUUGAGAAACGGUGGUGUAAGGGAGGAAAACAUUGUUGUUUUCAUGUAUGAUGAUAUUGCUUAUAAUUGGGAGAAUCCCCGGAAAGGAAUCAUUAUUAACAGUCCAGAUGGCGAUGAUGUAUAUCACGGAGUCCCAAAGGAUUACACUGGCAGCGAGGUCAAUGUUGACAACUUUUUUGCUGUUUUGCUUGGUGAUAAAUCUAAAGUCAAAGGAGGAAGUGGAAAGGUUGUGGAUAGUGGACCGGAUGAUCGGAUUUUUGUUUACUAUACUGACCAUGGCGGUCCUGGUGUUCUUGGAAUGCCAACAUAUCCUUACCUAUACGCAGAUGAUCUUAACAAGGUCUUGAAACAAAAGUAUGACGCCGGAACAUACAAAAGCUUGGUAUUUUACCUUGAGGCUUGUGAGGCAGGAAGUAUUUUUGAGGGUCUUCUUCCUCAAGGUUUAAAUAUCUAUGCAACAACGGCCUCUAACUCAUACGAGAGCAGUUGGGGGACUUACUGUCCUGGGGACUACCCUAGCCCACCCCUCGAGUAUGACACAUGUUUGGGUGACUUGUAUAGUGUUGCCUGGAUGGAAGAUUGUGACGUACACAACCUGCGAACAGAAACCAUCAGGCAGCAGUAUAAACUGGUUAAGGAAAGAACCUCAAGCGAGAACUCAUAUUAUGGUUCUCAUGUGAUGGAAUACGGUGACUUGCCACUUAGCAAAGAUCAUCUGCAUUUGUAUAUGGGUACAAACCCUGCAAAUGAUAACUUCACUUUUACCGAGGAGAACUCCCUCUCACCAUCACCAAAAGCUGUUAAUCAGCGUGAUGCCGAUCUUCUACAUUUUUGGCAUAAGUAUCGUAAGGCUCCAGAAGGUUCUGACAGGAAAACUGAAGCCCAGAAAAAGUUCUCUGAAGUCAUGUCUCACAGAAUUCACAUAGACAACAGUAUAGAACUCAUCGGCAAGGUUUUGUUUGGAUUGGAGAAGGGCCCUCAGGUUUUGAAAACCUACAGAACUGCAGGAAAACCUCUAGUUGAUGACUGGACCUGCCUUAAAACAAUGGUGAGGACAUUUGAGACACAUUGUGGUUCCUUAUCACAAUACGGUAUGAAACAUAUGCGGUCCAUUGCUAACCUGUGUAACUCAGGAGUCACUAGUGAGCAGAUGGCUGCUGCAUCAUCACAAGCAUGCACCACCUUCCCCUCAAACCCAUGGAGCUCACUUAGCAACGGUUUCACUGCAUAAUAUUUUAUUUCUUGCAGACUGGUGGUCCCAUAUGUGUAAAUUGUUCAAAUAUCAUAUAUUUGUGGUUUUUAAAUCAGCCUUUUAGCGGUAUCUAUGGCUUCGUUGUAUAUAGAUCCUGAAGCUUCUCCAUAUAGUAGUACUUAGGUCCACCACAAGACUUACUAUAUGUACUCAAGCUUUAUGUAAUGCUAUUAGCAUUGAUAUCCA